AUGUCCCUGUGCCUGCACUUAGUCUACUCCAGGUAUUGGGGUUAUCUGGGGAUUAAAGAAGACUUCAGGUUUGCCUGGGAUAUGGCUGAAAGCUCAGGAUGUAGCGGGAGUAAGGAACGAGUGAAUAUCAGGGUGUGCCACCUAGGGAAGCUCAAUGACACCAGCAGCUUCCAGCACAUCUUAAAAGGAGAUGCCCUAGGUGAAGUUUUCAACACAGAAUCUGUCACAGCCCACCUGUCACCUAGGCAGUCUGAGAAGGACACUUCCUCCAGCACUGUGUCCCCAGAGGCUUCCCCAGCUCCUUCCCCAGAGGGCUUGAAGCCGCUGGCCUCUACCUUGUCACCAGUCCAGAUAUGUUCCUCAGUAUCUAUUGAGUCACAUUCAUCCCAGAGUGUGUCUCAGCCUCCAGAGCCACUGAUUGCUCUAGAACAUUCUCCUCCCUGUUCUCAUUCUCCACAACCUGUGGUCUGCCCUCCAUCCAGGCCCAAUUCAAACCUGGGUCUUCCGCUGCAUAAUAUCAUGGAAGUCUCACCAGAAACCAUCCCAGAGAGCUCUCCAACCAGCACCUCUAGAUUGCCUUCUCCUAUCCCAGCCCUCAACUCUGACAUCCUAGAGGUGCUUGAGAUAGUGAUUAGCAAGAGAGCAAAGCUGAAAGCUUCUCAGUGCAUAGAACACCCUCUGGAGUCUCUGGGGAACAUGAUGAAGUCACUGGGCAGUGAACAAGACAGAGCCAUCCCACAGGUCUUCUGGAACACAAAGGAAAAACCACAGCAGCUUCCUGAUCCUCAGGAGCUAUUUUUCCCCAUGGUCUUGAAGAAAUAUAUCCAGCUGUUCUGGGGCCUUCCCUUUCUGCACAGUGAGUCCCUGGUGGCUCCUGUCAAAAGAUCUAGUCAUCCACUACACUUACCAUCUAUUUUAUUCAAUAGUUCUGCUAAUUUCAUGCCAGGACAAGUCCAGGCUAAAGUACCUCCACAGCACUUUCCACCCCAGCCCUUACUGAAUCACUUGGUGAAAUCACAACACUUCACACCAACCUUACCCUGGCCCCAGCCUCCACCAGUGGCGGAGGUCCAGGCCCAUGUCCAUGUUCCGUCCUGCACACCAAUCCUAUCAAGUCAUUCACCUCCAAUGAGGUCAUAUACUGUCCCACCUGUUGUUCAACAACUAGAACAUCAUCUUGCAAAGAAACACCUGGAAAGUAAGAGAUUAUUACCCUCUAUGGUCAAACAGUCUCAGAAAGCCAUUAUUCAAGGUCAGGGCCCACUGCACCAGAGAGGAUUUAUCAACGUUCCAGGUGAUUUCUUCAGCUUUGAGACGAGGAAAAGGCUGGAGCGUCAUCUCCAAGAGAGGAUCCUACAGCACCCCUGUAGAGCAAAUUGCAAUACCCAGCUGUCUCCUGAUGGGAAAUUCCCAGGAACACAUCAAGCAAAGGACGACCAUGCGUCUCUACAGAACUCUGUGUGUGUAUACAAUACCUGCCUGAAUACACAGAAGGCAACCUGCUCAGUAGCCCAGGGAUGGGAGAACUCCAGAAGGGGCAUGGAACAUUUUAUGAGCAGCAUAGUGGAAGAUAUGGACACGGCUGUAGAAAGCUCCUCAGUAGAUUUUCUAGAUGCCAAAACUGAGAGAGAAUUCAAAAGUAGUUUUAAUGGACCAUCAAAUAGUGAUCCAGAGUAUUCCCCCCCUGUUCAUUUCAAUAUGAACCAUCGAGGAGAAACCCUAAAAGCCCAUCUCAUCACAAAAUGGGAGCAGAUCAAUGAGGACAAGUUCCCUCUGCAGGCCAGUCAUUCCAGGGAAUCUGCAGACCGUGCCAUGACCCCCCUUAAAAACUCCAACUCUAGCAUGCAAACUGGCAGUGAUUCACCCUCAGAGACUAGAGCAACCUGCAAGAGCUCCUCCCAGGAGCUUUCCCACUCUGAUGCUGCCACUCGACAGCUGCUAGACGCACAUAUUAAGAAGCUUUGGGUGAAGCACAAGUGGGGCUUGUCCCUAAAGAUUCUUAAGACCAUAAAUUACCUUACUUUGAAAAAGGUUCCCCCUGUGCCAAUUUCACAGGGAGCUUCCCCGAACCUAGCCUGUAGUAACUUGAAGGCCAACCCCACAGUCAAGGGGGGCAUAUUCCAGGGAGAAGCUCUCUACAAAAUACCAAAAACUGUAGAGAGAAAAAAAACUGAAGGUCAUAUCAUCCAACCUUCUAAACCACCAUCAGUACAUAAAACUCUGAGAGGAACAUACUGUAGCUACAUCUGUGGUCCCUCAGAGGCCCCUCCAACUGGAGAGGCAGGUAGACUGCGUUCUGAGUCCAGAUCUUAUAGCCUUAUAGGAAGAACCUGGCACCAUGACAUUGUGCCAGGCUCAGAUGGAAGCAGUCCAGAACCAACCACAAGCCCAGUAAUGGGUAUGUUUGAAACACAAGAGAAAGAAAACCUCUACCACAAUGUGUCCAUACGAGAGGUCUUCGUUGAGUCGGAAAGGACAGAAGAUCUCAGGGACAUGGCAGAGGAUAAAGAGGAACAGCCGACUAACUUUACAGUUAACAUGGACUCCAACAAUUUAAAUCUCAGAAAUUUAGACAUUCUGAGAACCAAUCAAAUAUCAUUCCCCUCCAGAUUUUCUAUUUCCAAGCAUCCACGAGAUUCAUGCCUCAAAAAACAGGCAGAGUCUAGCAGCACAAGUGAAAGCCCACCUUUUAAUGUUAUUCUGCAGGACUGUGAAGCUGACACAUUCCUGCAAGAUUGUGCCCCUGAGGUGCUGCUUGCUGCAAACCUGCUGGCAUCCCAGAGCUCUCUAACUAGCUCACAGAACUGUUCUGGAAGCAGCACAUCCACUUCCUAUGAGACAAGCUCUCCAUCAUCAAGGGGAGAACACAUCAUGAAGCAGCAAGAGCCUCAGACAUCCAACCUCCAGUUCCCAUGGUAUAGCAAGAUGUUUCACGGACCUAGAGAAAAGAGCUGUGAGAGGCCCAAUGCUACAACACAGAAGGAAAAGCCUGCAAGAACGAGGCCCUCACAAGGCUGGAAGGUAAACUCUCCUGCCCAGGUCAGGAAAACAAGGACUGGGAGGAAGAACAGUGCCUUACCUGCACCAGAGAGAGGACAGCAUCCUCCAGAGAGUCAUUUCGGAAACCGGAUAAAGAGUUUUUUCAUGUCAGUUUUUUCUACUAAAGGUAAAAGUCAGGCAGACUCACUGCAAAAUUCAAAGAUCCAUUCAACCAAUACUAAGAACCAAGUCUUAAGCACAAGCAGAAUAUUCAAGGACAAUGAAGUGCCUGAAGCCCAAACAUUCAUGAGCACUGCUGAAAGAAUCGUGGAAGAAAAAAUGGUAUUUCAACAUGCACCUUCUGCCUCCAAGAAAACUUUACACAAAGAAGGCAUCAACAGUACAGAUAAAGAUAGACAAUAUGACACUGAUAUUUUUGCCUACACAUAA